AAGAAGAAUGAAAACCCCUCAAGCCAGAGUUUAUGACUUUUUAUGUCACACUGGGAAAAGUCAAGUGAACUACAGAUUUGAACCAUGGAGAUUUGUGCCCUACUACGAAACGGUGACUGUAACACAGAUUGAUGAAAGAUUCUGCAGGACGACAAAGGUUAAAGAUGCGGACCCGGAGCUAGAAGCCAGCGCUGACACUGAUGGAGUGGACUGCGAUGAGAAUGCCCACAUUAUGGUCCUAUCCUCUGAUAACCAAGGUAAUAUGAAAACCGACUACAGAAGAAAGGAACAAAUUAAAUCCAUUAAUCAAGCAUAUCUCUGCUAAACAGUUGUUCGAAACUGAUGAACAAAUGAAAAAUUUACUGUUUGUUUUCAUGCUUGCAAGGAUUGGGGAAGAAAAUUAAUUAUAAGGUACUGGCCACACUA